AUGAAUGCUACAACCGUGGAUUAUGAAGAUUAUGGAGAUUAUUACAAUUCAGUGCCUGAAACAAUCAUUGGUGAAAUCGGCGAUUUAACAGACAAUGAAAUUAAAUUCCUAGAUGUUGCUAAAGAAUUUCAAGAAGUGAUUAAACAUUUUGAAAAUAUUAUAAAAUUGAUAAUACCAUUUUUCACAUUAUGUUUUUCGAUAAAAGCUUUCUUAAAUAUAUCUUUAUCAAGAAAUGUCUAUACGGCAAAAGAAUUGUCAGUAUUUUGCUAUUGUUCGGCUGCAAUUAUUCAUUUGUAUGAAGAACUGCUGAUUUAUGUAUUAGGGGUUGCUACGAUAUAUGAAGACUGUCCAGGUUUGUCAGCCCUACAAACAUUAGUGCAGUACCAUGGUGCUGUGGCCACAAGGAAAUGCUAA